AGCUUCAUCGUCUGCGUGCAUCUGGCUUGCAUUUUUUUUUUACACAUACUAUUUAAUCAGAAUCCUGACUUGUGCAAAUUUUUUGGUCUUUGCAUCUGAUACUGGAACGAACUUUAAUUUAUUUGACUUUCCAGGUGUUUUUUUGUCAAAAUAAUCUGCUUCCCUCUGCAUUAACCCGGAAACGAUCCUUCCUCAGUGGUGGCGUCGUGCACGUGUUAAAGAAUCAUGGGGAAAUCCAACUCGUACGGGAACCACAACGGUGACUCUCAUAAAAACAAGGCAAGGAAGUGGAAGACGAAGCGCAGGACUAAAGACUUGGAUCAGAUCCACUCCGACCUGAAGCCUGAAGUGGCCACCAAGCUCCUCCACCAAGAGGUGGACUUUGACGUCACUGGCUGUGCCCAGCACUACUGCAUAACCUGCGCGAGAUAUUUUGUGGAUAUGAGGUCAUUGAAAGAACAUUUCAAAACAAAAAUCCACAAAAAACAGCUGAGGCUCCUCAGAGAGGAGCCCUAUACCCAGGCGGAGGCGGAGAGGGCCGCCGGCAUGGGGUCCUUCAUCGCCCCCAAGAAGAUAGAAGUCACGACGCAGCCCAUUGAAGAGGAAAUGGAGUGAUAUGGACUCGACCUGACCCUGCAAGGAUUGAAAAUGGACUGUGCCUGACCCUACAAGAAUUGAGAAUGGACUUUUCCUGACCCUACAAUGACUCUGUGUAUUAUCGUUCUGAUACUCAAACAUAACUGGUUAUUGUAUGCAUGAUCAAUACUAUACUAUACUAUAAAACUAUAUUUAUGGUUUUAAAAUCUUUACUUGAAGUCCUAAUCGAAAGGAAUUCCCAUGCAAAUAUUAAAUAAACUAUCUAUAUUUGAGUGAAUAGUGUAAUUCAAAUGUCUAACAGAAAUGACCUACAUGUCAAUUUUGAUUAAAUAAAUGGAGAGAAAACUAA